AUGUCGAAACCAAUGGGACUCCUAUGGCUGCCUUUGAUCUUCACCCCAGUGUGUGUCAUGUUGAAUUCUAACUUCCUCCUGUGGAUAACUGCACUGGCUAUAAGAUUUACUCUCAUCGAUGGCCAAGCACAAUACCCAGUCGUUACCACGAAUUAUGGCAAAAUACGUGGUUUAAGAACACCUUUGCCUAAUGAGAUCCUUGGUCCAGUGGAGCAGUACCUGGGUGUUCCUUAUGCCUCUCCUCCAACUGGAGAAAGGCGGUUUCAGCCGCCGGAGCCACCGUCAUCUUGGACGGGUGUCCGCAACGCCACACAGUUUGCUGCCGUCUGCCCGCAGUACCUGGAUGAGAGGUCACUGCUCAACGACAUGCUGCCAGUCUGGUUUACAGCCAAUCUGGAUACUGUGGUGACAUACGUUCAAGAUCAAAAUGAAGACUGUCUGUAUUUGAAUAUCUAUGUGCCCACAGAGGAUGGAGCCAACACAAAGAAAAGCGCAGAUGAUAUAACCAGUAAUGAUCGUGGUGAAGAUGAAGACAUUCAUGAUCAGAACAGCAAGAAACCCGUUAUGGUCUACAUCCAUGGUGGAUCUUACAUGGAGGGUACUGGCAAUAUGAUUGAUGGCAGCAUUCUCGCAAGUUAUGGAAAUGUCAUUGUUGUCACUCUCAAUUACAGGCUGGGGGUUUUAGGUUUUUUAAGUACUGGGGACCAAGCUGCAAAAGGCAAUUAUGGAUUGCUUGACCAAAUCCAAGCUUUACGUUGGAUUGAAGAAAAUAUUGGAUCUUUCGGAGGAGACCCAAAAAGAGUUACUAUUUUUGGAUCUGGGGCAGGAGCUUCCUGUGUCAGUCUCCUGACGCUCUCUCACUAUUCAGAAGGUUUGUUCCAAAAGGCAAUCAUACAGAGUGGAACAGCCCUGUCCAGCUGGGCAGUGAACUAUCAGCCUGCCAAGUACACUCGGAUAUUGGCAGAUAAAGUGGGCUGUGACAUGCUGGAUACCACUGAUUUGGUUGAAUGUCUUCGGAAUAAGAAUUACAAAGAACUCAUUCAGCAGACCAUCACUCCAGCCACGUACCACAUUGCCUUUGGGCCUGUGAUAGAUGGAGACGUGAUUCCAGAUGACCCUCAGAUUCUCAUGGAGCAAGGGGAAUUCCUUAACUAUGAUAUAAUGCUGGGCGUGAAUCAAGGGGAAGGUUUAAAAUUUGUGGAUGGCAUUGUAGACAAUGAAGAUGGUGUUUCCCCCAAUGAUUUUGACUUUUCCGUCUCAAAUUUUGUGGACAAUCUAUAUGGUUAUCCAGAAGGGAAAGAUACACUGCGAGAGACCAUUAAAUUCAUGUACACUGACUGGGCAGACAAAGAAAACCCCGAAACAAGACGGAAGACCUUGGUCGCUCUUUUUACAGACCACCAGUGGGUUGCUCCGGCUGUUGCUACUGCUGACCUGCAUGCCCAGUAUGGAUCUCCAACAUAUUUUUAUGCAUUUUAUCACCAUUGCCAAAGUGAAAUGAAACCCAGCUGGGCUGAUUCAGCUCAUGGUGAUGAAGUCCCUUACGUGUUUGGGAUUCCUAUGAUUGGCCCCACAGAACUGUUCAACUGUAAUUUUUCCAAGAAUGAUGUCAUGCUCAGUGCAGUAGUUAUGACGUACUGGACUAACUUCGCCAAAACUGGAGAUCCAAACCAGCCUGUUCCACAGGACACAAAGUUCAUCCACACAAAACCCAACCGCUUUGAAGAAGUGGCCUGGUCCAAAUACAAUCCUAAAGACCAGCUGUAUCUGCAUAUUGGCCUGAAACCCCGAGUUCGUGAUCACUACCGAGCAACAAAAGUUGCUUUCUGGUUGGAGCUCGUACCGCACCUUCACAACCUGAAUGAAAUAUUUCAGUACGUUUCCACAACAACUAAAGUCCCCCCUCCUGACAUGACAUCAUUUCCUUAUGUGACACGACGUUCUCCUGGUAAAUUGUGGCCAGCCACCAAACGCCCAGCAAUGACACCUGCCAACAAUCCCAAACAUUCAAAAGACACCCAUAAAACAGCUCCGGAGGAUACGACAGUUCUGAUAGAAAACAAGCGAGAUUACUCCACAGAGCUGAGCGUCACCAUUGCUGUGGGGGCGUCCUUGCUGUUCCUCAAUAUUUUAGCUUUUGCUGCGUUAUAUUACAAGAAGGACAAGCGGCGUCACGAGACUCACAGGCGCCCUAGCCCCCAGAGGAACACAACCAACGAUAUUGCACACAUACAAAAUGAAGAGAUUAUGUCGUUGCAGAUGAAACAGCUAGAACAUGACCACGAGUGUGAAUCGCUGCAGGCCCAUGACACACUGAGACUAACCUGUCCACCUGACUACACGCUUACUUUGAGAAGGUCCCCAGACGACAUCCCGCUAAUGACACCCAACACCAUAACCAUGAUUCCAAAUACAUUAACAGGAAUGCAGCCUUUGCAUACUUUCAACACCUUCAGUGGAGGACAAAACAGUACGAAUUUGCCCCAUGGACAUUCGACCACUAGGGUAUAGCUCAGCCCUUCCCCCUCUACCCUCACAAGCCACUUGGAAGAAAGAAAAAACAAAAAAAAACAAAAAAAAAAGAAGAGGAAAAAGUUAUAAUACCAUCCAUUGAACACCUUGUCAAAAUCUAAAGUAAAAACAAGUAAAAGAGAAGGACAGUCAUUAUUUUCUUAAUGAUCCUUCCCACAGAAACUCUCUGAUGUUAAAGAUCAACUACAAACCCUGUGAAAUGUGAAAAGUGUACAUUGCUGUUACGAUACUGCUUUAAGAUCUCAGCCACUUUGAUUGAAAGUUGAGGCCAGAAGAAGUCACUUAAAAUGGUGUUUUGAGUGUAACAAGCAAAGCAGAGUCUUCUGGAACACAGAGCCAGUGACUGUA